AGGAAGACCAACUAGAAAACCUUGGCGAAAAAGAUAACGACGACGAUUUACCCUAAAAAUCCACAAACAUCUACGAGACGACGACGGUGAUGAUUCGUUUCGCGGCGGCUUUCUUCAUCACUGUCCUCGUUGGUGUCGUUCGCAGCAAGGAGUGUACAAGAACUUGCACUACACAGAAUUGUGACACUAUUUCUAUUCGAUAUGGCAAGUAUUGUGGGUUUGGACACUUUGGAUGUCCUGGUGAAGAGCCUUGCGAUGAUCUUGAUGCUUGUUGUAUGGUCCAUGACCAUUGUGUUGGGUCAAAAGGUAUGACUAACAUAAGCUGCCAUAAGAAGUUCCAGCUAUGCGUAAACAGUCUAAGCAACUCGAUAAAACAAUCCAAAGACGAAAAGGUCGGCUUCGCCAAACAGUGCCCCUAUUCAGUAGUAAUACCUACGGUAAAUCAAGGAAUGGAUAUCGGGAUCUUAUUCAGUCAGUUAUGUAAUGAUAUAUAUUUACUCUGGUCUUGGAGGUAUCACAUUUGUGUUGGAACUAAAGCGUACCUCGUAAAGUUUUUUACUAAUUGGUGA